AUGGCUCAGCAAUGUUCAACAAGACAUUCGGCUGGCAGCCACGCCGGCUACCUGCCCAUUGAGGACUAUGGAAUGAUCGGCAACAUGCAUACAUGUGCUCUCAUCGGUAUGAACGGCUCGGUCGACUUUAUGUGCUGGCCGGACUUUGAUUCCCCCAGUGUCUUCUGUCGCCUUCUGGAUAAGGAUAAAGGAGGGUUUUUCAGCAUCUGCCCUCCUGCGUCCAAGCAGUGUACUACCAAACAGCAAUAUCUGCCUUCGUCCAAUAUAUUGCAAACGCGAUACAUCCAUGACGACGGCGUCGUCGACGUCGUGGACUUCUUUCCACGGCCCAAAACGGCCACAGUCUUGUCCAAGGGCAGCCGCCAAAGCGCAUUUCGCGAGACCACCAAAAUCCAGGAAGAGCUCAAGAAAUGGCUCGUCCGUCGUGUCGAGUGCAUUCGUGGCCGCUUAGAGAUGGACAUUGAACUGUUCCCUGCCUUCCAAUACGCAACUGAGUCCCACAUCACCACUAUCCUCGAAGAAACUCACACUGCAAAGAGCCCGAGUAAAACAGCCGUUUUUCACAGCGAGCACUACAAGCUCCAGCUAGAUGUCACUGUGGACGUCACAGAUGUCGAAUCCGUUGCUCCACCUUCAGUCACCUUCAAAAAGGAGAAGCGUGAUGGCUUGCUGGGUGAGGGCGUAGUCGCGCACAUUGAAAUCGAAGAAGGCCAGGCCAUAUCUUUCGUCCUCCGCAACGACAUUCCCAACCAUGUCACCGAGAACAUUACCACUGCGGUUCUGGACACGCAGCAGCACGAUACUCAGUCUUUCUGGUACAAUUGGAUCUCCAAAUGCAAGUACAAGGGCCGUUGGCGCGAAGUGGUUAACCGCAGCUUGAUGUUGUUGAAGAUGAUGACAUAUGAGCCAACGGGUGCCAUUAUUGCUGCCCCAACAUUCUCAAUUCCCGAAGACAUUGGGGGUGUCCGAAAUUGGGACUACCGCUUCUCUUGGGUCCGCGACUCUAGCUUCACAAUCUACAUCCUACUCCGCCUUGGCUUCUCUGCCGAGGCGGACGCAUACAUGGAUUUUAUUAGUGAACGAUUCAUCAAGUCCCGCGGCCCGGAUGGCGAGCUGCCCAUCAUGUUCACCAUUCGCGGCGAUACCGAUAUUCCGGAGGUCGAGCUUAGCCAUCUCGAGGGCUACAGGGGCAGCAGUCCCGUCAGAAUCGGCAACGGAGCCGCUUUCCAUCAACAAUUUGACAUUUACGGCGAGCUUAUGGAUGGUAUCUACUUGUACAACAAGUACGGAAAGCCCAUUAGCUGGGACCAAUGGUGUUCCGUUCGAGAAAUGCUAGAUUACGUCCUUACGAUCACAGACAAGCCCGAUAUGUCCAUCUGGGAGGUCCGCAAUCACAAGCAAAACUUCACAUACUCCAAGGUCAUGCUUUGGGUAGCCUUCGACCGCGGCCUCCGCCUUGCAGAGAAACGCAACUUCCCCUGCCCAAACCGCGCCAAGUGGCUCGAGGCCCGUGAUAACCUCAUGGAGGAGAUUAUGGAGAAAGGUUCGUUCGCCUCUCUUCCUUCCGACCGACUCUCUCUCUCUCUCUCUCUCUUUUCGCCCUUCGAGCUAGGUUGA